GAUCUGACAGUGCUCUGCCAUCUGGAACAGCUGCUCUUGGUCACCCACCUUGACCUGUCACACAAUCGUCUCCAAGCCCUGCCCACUGCCCUGGCCGCUCUGCGCUGCCUUCAGGUGCUGCAGGCCAACGAUAAUUCCAUAGAGUCCCUGGACGGUGUGGCUAACCUGCCCCGGCUGCACGAGCUGGUACUGUGCAACAACCACCUUCAGCAGCCUGCAGCGCUCCGAUCUCUCGCCUCCUGCCCCAGGCUGGUCCUUCUCGACUUGCAGGGCAAUCCGCUGUGCCGAGAAGCGGGCAUCGCAGAGCACCUGGCCGAACUGUUGCCUUCAGUUGACAGCAUACUCACCUAAGAGGCCUGCCCUCUGCCCUUCCCCUUUUAAAUUAUUGGGACUGAAUAAAGAAUAGAGAGGCCA